AUUCACUUGACUCUUCAGCGAGGUUUGUAUAAAGACCACAAGCAUCCCUAUCUCAUCAUUAGAAUUCAUCUACAUCUUAGCCUGGAGACCAUCAAUGGACUUAGAUCGUCUCUCGUUAUUCCUUCUCCUCCCACUCGAACUGCGUCAAAGGGUUUACUCACACCUACUUUCUCCACAUCCUCAAGAUGUCACAACAAUCAACUACCAGCUCUCCUGGCCGUAUCUUCAAAACCCCGACUCUCUCACGUUCACUCCGUAUCAGCUCGACAUGUGCGGCUGCCCUAAACAGAAGAAAGAUCACAUAUACACACGUUACGUGUGUCAAGAACCGGAGGUUCAAUUUGCCUCCAAGCAGGACCCCUUGUGGAUCCUGCAUGAACUAUGGGGCCUCUUCAACAUACUACGUCCGGCUUCCCAACGAGAGCUUGAAAGACGACCUUCAGCACACUUGAUUCAUGUCAAUAAACAAAUCUAUCGCGAGUCUAUUCCCGUCCUAUAUCGCGGACGCAACUUCCGGCUCCUGAGUGGGCCCUGCCCCCGAGGGAGGUACCAGGCUUAUGCGACCCAGAAAUGGCUCGCUCGGCUUAGCCCUUUGGCGCGGUCGCAUGUCACAGAUCUCGGUCUGAUAUGUCAGAUCUAUGAAGAGGACUGUGUUGAGAGUGACGCCAUUCAGUCCUACAACUCGUUGUCUCACUAUAUUCUCCGAAAUCUUCUCCAUUUCGAAAAACUACACCUGCUUCGUCUUCCGAGAUAUUCUGCAGUACAGCCCUUUAGUGAGCUAUUCCAGAAGAAAGGUGUGACAAUCGUGGUGACCUCCGGAAGGCCGAACGGCGAGAUGUCCGAGUUCUACGAAUCUAAAGAUUUCUUGAGAAAUUGCACCGAGCCUCCGGCUGGAGACAUUUCACAAUCAAGACGCCUCCUUCGAGAACUUCGAGUAGAAUCGGAGGACAUCGAGUCGACGUUAGAGGAAACUCUGUCGCUAAGGGAAUAGUGACGACGGAAUACAUUAGGUCGUUAUGCGUCAUGGCGGAUUUCCCCCCCUCAAGGUGCUGAGCACCGAGCGUAUCUAGGGUAUUUGGCAAGGAAGGAAGGAUCAGGAAUCAAAAAGGCAUGUGCAAUACUCCUAGUAUCUACUAGGUGUAAGAACUAAGAGCGUAUUAUCGUGUCGAUAAGGUAGAGUGCCAUUUAAUCUUUCUCAGAUCCUUCUCCAAUCCUUCCUCUGUCUCCACUCUUUUUCUCGCAACCUCCUCGGACUUAAGGACGAAGCGCUGUCUAUGUCUUUUUCCCUACCUCAAAAUGA